GUAUGUGAACCAUGGGCGGUCCACUGAGGUUGGCUACUUUAGGAGCAGGCCCUGCCCCUGGCAACAGCAGAAAACUGGACAACAGCAAGAAACAGAUGCUACAGGGGAGAACUGCUGCAAUCGAGACAUUUCCAAGAAGAAGAAACACUUCUCUUGGAGGGCAAGGCAAGGAGCGGACGAUAACAUUUGCUUUCUCUUUAUCCUGUUCAUAGUGGGAUCACAGCCAAGCAAGCAAGUUUACAGCAACCGACCUCUCCUCGACUGUCUCACCUAUCCUCUCCAUCCAGCACGCUGCCAUGGAUCGCUCGGUGCAGGAGCUGUUCCUCAACUUCAUGAUCGUCUUAAUCACUGUGCUGCUGAUGUGGCUGCUGGUGAAAUCUUACCAGGACUAAAAAAUUAAGCAAUGAGAGAGGACACGGACGUGAGGCGGAGGGGAUGGAGAGACACGUGCGUCGGGAAACUGGCGUGGUUAUCGGAAGACUUGGCUGCUGGCUAAAUUGAAUACAGUGUUUACACCUACAGCUCUGCUUAUUCAUGUGAGGUCAACAAUAAGUGGUUACUAUAGCCGGGACAAACUAUGAAUGAUAAAAUAGUUCACAAUCUGUAUUUUUAGUGUUUUUUGUUUUGUUUUUUGAAUAAGGCCAUGAAUGUGAAAUCACAGCAGAGUGGUCAGGGUUAAUAAAUAAGAAUGAAAUUGUUGAAAACCCAAAUGGGAUGGCUUGAAAACUCUAAAAAAAAUGCAAUGUCACUAUAAACAGGAGUGCAUACCAUAGCCUGUAUGUCUAAGUGCCCAAAUCAUUUAACAAUGCUGUUGUGUCCAAUUUUUCAGUUUUUUUGUCAAAGUGAUGAACACAACAAACAAGCUUAUAAAACUCAUAAAACAAGACAACAGGAAUUUUGAAGCAUUAUGUUUAUGAUCACUUCUUAACAUUAAACAGUCUUUCAUUUGUUUAGCUUCUGUUUCUCAGCACAAACUUGCCAUGCAGUCAUGAUUCACACCCACAUUUGCUCUUUGCGGGUUUGUUAAACUUUAAUCUAUACUAUCCUUUUGAAGCUACAGAGUGUUUCUCUACGACUGAUAAAGUGCAGAUGAAAAACUGUUGUGUACACCCGGAGAAGAGAACCAGAACAUGCAUGGACACGUGGCAAUGUAAUAACAGAAUAAAGGCAAGCUGAUUAAA